AUGGCCACCCCCGAGCAGCAGCUCUUUGAAUCCGCCGAGGCCGGCGACGCGCCCCGCGUGGCGGCGCUCAUCGCAGCUGGCGCCGACGUCUGCGCGCCCGGCGAGGGCGGCGCGACGCCGCUGAUGGCAGCUGCCGAGGCGGGGUCGCCGGAGUGCGUCGCGGCGCUCCUGCAGGCGGGCGCCCCUUGGAACGCCCUGGAUGACGACGGCUACUGCGCGGGCGACUAUGCCAACGCGUCCAAGAACGCUGACGUCAUCGAGAUGCUGCUCAACUGGGGCGUGCACAACGAGGCCGCCGGGACGAGCGGCGGCGGCGAGGAGGGCGCGGCCGGCGCGGCGAGCUCCGCCUACCUGCAGCAGAAGCUGGUAUAUGAUGGGGACAGAUUGAUUGAUGCUGAUGGCGAGGCCGUCAUGAUGGGGUGGGAGCUGCCCCUCAUGGUGGAGCACGCCAAGGAGAUCUGUCGCAGUGGCGGUGACGUCCUCAACGUGGGCUUUGGCCUGGGCCUGGUCGAUGAAGAGAUUCAAGAACACCGCCCCAGGAGCCACACGAUCGUGGAGGCACACCCAGACGUCCACGCGCACAUGCUGGAGCUGGGCUGGGGGUCGCGGCCGGGCGUGACCAUCCUUUUUGGCCGCUGGCAGGACCUGCUCCCGGAGCUGCUGCGGCGGCGGUUUGACGGGAUAUUCUUCGACACUUACGGGUGGUAG